AUGAGCGACAAAAUUUUUGGGUUCAACAAGUCACAUGUAGUGAUGGCUGCUGGUUUGGCUGGUGCUGCUUUCAUAGGAUAUUGUAUUUAUUUUGACUAUUCACGUCGAUCUGCCCCGGACUACAAAGAAAAAAUCCGAAGAAAUCGACGUGAAAAGGCAAAGGCUCGAGGUGGAGCCGCUGCAGUUGGCCGAGGUGGUGGAGGUGCAACACAAGUGCCCGAUCCUUCAGAUCCAACAGCAAUGCAGGCUUACUUCUUGCAAGAGGUGCAACUCGGCGAAGAGCAACGUCGAAGAAGGCGCAGUGCAUAUUGCAAACGCUAUUGCACUUUGUGUCCAUCACAGCAGUUGCUACAAAUCUUCCAACAGACCCUACCAGCCGAGCAGUAUGCCGCAGUUAUUGAACAGUUACCGCACACUCGCGCUCGCUUGGCAGCAAUGUUUGGUGAAGCCGCAGAUCAUGCAGAAUCACAACCACCAGUGAUGACAUACAUGGGUGACGGUCCACCCCCAGCGCAGAUCAAAGAGUUGUUGGACGACACUGACGACCUGGAAUAA